AUGACGCCCAGUCCCCCCGAUGAAGCUCUUCACUUUCGCGGCAAGACUCUGACUCCGGAAAGCCCUCGCCCGCUGCAUAUUCCGGAGCCAGCAAAUAUCCCGGUCUUGGAGAACCAAAUGGACCCCGUCUUCAACGAUACUUCAACUUACGAACGCUCGGAGUGGCCGGAACGGCCGGGUCAGGAUGGACGGACCAAAGAAGGACAGGGACGGUUGGAUGGUGGUUUGCAGCAGCAGCAGCAGCAGCGGCGGCGGCGGCUGGAGAACACUGUGAUCAAUGAUAACUCUGCGGAUAUCUACCCUCCCCACUCGACGGGUACUGGGCAUGGCCAGGGUGCAAACACAAACCCCGGCUUCGCUCUCCCCAAUUCCACUCACCCCUACGCGCCUCCGGUGGUCCCGGUCUCCCAAGGCAUCGCCACCACAGGCGAGAUAGAAAAUGCCGUCGGGGUCGAGCCGGCCCGGAUAGAUGAUGCGAAGGAGGAUGCAGUUCCCAAUACUGGUGUCAAUUUCCAGACUCUGCUGGACAAUCUGUCUUCUGGUGCAGCGACCGCCGCCGCUUCCCAUCUAGAAGGCCCGUCGCUCCACCAAGCACCUACUGAAGAGUCCCCCCAAACCCUCCCUGCCCGCCCUCUUGAUCCCUCCCUUAAUCCCAAUCAUGCCCCCGGUUCUUAUGAGCAACCCUGUCCCGCUCCUGCCACAUUCUCCGCCUACGCAACCCAACCCAGUAGCCAUGCCCAACAUGUCUCUCCCUCCAUUGCCUCGGGGGGUGCCCCAGGGACCGGCGCGGGCAUCGGCUCGCUCCCCCCACCACCUCUUGCGAGCUUCCAGCAUGCCACUUCCUCGAGCUCAGACCCCAACUUAUCACAGGAGGUUCCCAAGAAAAGUCGCACCGAUAAACAACCAGUGCGCCCUGGAAAGGGCACUGAUGAUGAUCAGCCUUGGGGUCCGGAGGUCCAAAAGAAAUAUGAUGAGUUCCUUCAUGAUGAGAGAAUCUACGUGACGGAGGGUCUUUGGGAUCGCUUCCCGAUGGGGUCCAGGCUAUUUGUUGGCAACCUCCCAACCGAAAGAGUCACCAAGCGAGACAUGUUCCACCUAUUUCACAAAUACGGCAAAUUGGCCCAGAUAUCCAUUAAGCAGGCCUACGGUUUCAUACAAUUUCUAGAGGCCGGGGCUUGCCAUGCUGCGCUUCAGGUUGAGCAGGGAGCCUUGGUGCGAGGCCGGAAGAUUCAUCUCGAAAUUUCCAAACCGCAGAGAUCGACCAGACCUGGUCCGACGGAGGCGCCCCGUGCCCCUCCUCCUCGACGAUCGAGAUCGCCAGAAUUUAGCCGUACCGGUCCUGCUCGGGCUGCUGCACGGCUUCCGGGUGAUCGCUUUGAUCGAUCUUCCGAAUCAAGUCGACUUCCAUUCAGUGAUUUCCGAGAUGAUCCGAACCACCGUAGGCGUGACGAUUAUCGGCCGCCACGUUCACCACGUUCACCUUCACCUCGGAACUUUCGUUCUGGUCGGGAUGGAUACCGAUCACGGGAUAGGACCCCGGAAAGGUUCGACCGUCGUGAACGAAGAAGAUCCCGGUCUCCGCGCUCGCCUCGCUCGCCUCGCUCCCCCUAUACUAGAGAUCGCCGGUAUCGCAGCCCCAGCCCAAGACCUCGCGGUGUCUAUGAAGGGGAAGCAGGCUUGCCGGUCCCUCGACGGGCCCCACGAGAUGUGCCGGAAGUGCAGGUGCUUGUCUUGGAAGAAGUGGAUCGAAACUUUAUUCUCCAUGUGGAAAAUGCUUUUCGCAAUCGCGGCUUGCGCGUGGACGUGCUUGUGCUUGGUCCUCGAAUCCCACUGGGGGCAGCCGUCCAUCGUCAAUACGUCGAAGGAGUACUGGCUGUUGUCAGACUUUCCCGGCCCAAUCAGUUCUCUCGCAAGAUCCCCCUGCAGAUUUUCGAUCGAAGUGCGGGACCAGAUAACGUUCGCUUCAGUGACUAUCCGGAGGUUGACCCUAACAUCGCCGCCGAAGUCAUGUUCCACCAAGCGCAGGCGAUGCAGCGCGGUCCUGUUCCUACCUCAUUCGCUCCCAAUCCUGUUUUCGGCGUCCCUCCAAUGCAGCCUGUGACUUUACCUCAACCCGGCUUGCCUCCGCCGGGCCUGCCAACACUCACGAAUCCUCCCAACAUUGCAAACAUGAUCAGCUCUCUGGAUGGCCCUAGCCUCCAUACUCUCUUAUCGGCACUUCAGCGCCAGGGACCCCAGUCGCAGCCAGUCUCGACCACGCAAUCACCCUUCUCGUCACCUAACCCUCCUCCACCCGCCGAUCUUGCCAGUCUCCUAACCAAUGCGACUCGGCCUCCUCUGCCGCCAAACCCUCAACCUCUUCCUCAUCCACCUUUUAAUCUCCACCCUCCAAAUGCUCCCGUCCUUUCGGAUCCUCACUUGCUUUCUCUGCUCACUAAGGGCCUGAGCGGCCAGCAGCCCCAGGGGCAGCCAGUUGGUUCAAAUGUGCAAAACCUGAUGAACCACCUGGCAAAAUGGAAGCAAUGA